AUGGCAGCAGAGGACAUUCCCCUGCGUGACGUGGAUGGAUGGAAGCUUCUCAAGUCUAUGCCAUGGUCCAGAAGGAAGCGAAGGUCGCUGCAUCGAUCCAACGAUUGGAAUAUGCAUCUUUUCUCUGGACCUUCGAGGCCAACGAGUACGACAUCUACUACUUCCAGGUUGUCUGUCACUGAGGCCUCGGGUGUCAAUAUUGAGGUCGAUAUCCUGGAUUCGGCUUUGAUGGAUGUAACCAGGAUGGACGGCGUCUUUAAGGCCCACCGAGAAGAUCUUAUUUGGUCGAGGAUGAUGAAAAAAAGGGCCAAGGAGGAGCCGCUUGUGAUCAGGAUGUUGGUCUUGGCAACGGUGGCUAUGGAAGGACGACGCCAGCAUCGCAGCGAUCGGCUGGGUUUUGCUUUGGAGCAUCCGGACAAGGUCGUAGCCCAGGGAAAUGUUUGGUCAAGCUCUUUGUGGAAAGGCUUCUCGGAGGUGUAUGGAAUGGAGGUGGUUCAGUCAGGACGCGGCUCUACGGGAACAAAUAUGUACCUGGAGGCCUUGAACUCACUAACCUCAACUACCACGACCUCUGGAGUUUGGGCCAGUGAGUAUGCGCAGGCGAUCGGUGAGGCCGUUAACGCCUGGACGGGUUUUUCAGUGCAUGAGUCGGUGCUUUGCUCUGUAGCUGCAGGUCCACCCCCAAUAUCAUGUAAGAUGACUGCGAAGGAGUGGCAACUGCACGUCAGCCGAGACCAUCGCCGCGUGACUCAUAAAUCUGCUUACGUUCUCUCUGCAGAUGUAGCUGGACCGUUCCGGGUCAAGGGGGUGAAUACCGAGACCAAUCAGCAUCGCUUUAUGCUGGUAUGCACUUAUCAGUUCCCUAAGCUUCCUGGAACCCCAGAUGCUCAGCAUGAGUCGGUUGAUGAUGAUACUGGUGCGGGCGCGGGUCUCGAGGAGUUGCUCUUCGAGGAGGAGGGCGGUGAUGAUAAGCAUGAGAUCAUUGAGGAGAGUGGCGCCGACAAGCAUAUGAUCAUUGAGAAGGAUGGCGGUCCGAAGGUGAUGCGCCAGCGCAAAACGGACUCAAGUGGAAGGGACAUCAAAGAAGUGAAGACGUGGUGGCCGAUGGCCGCUGAGACGGCAGCUGUGCGUCAGAGAUCUUUGGUGUUCGGGCUCGAGUCAAAUCCCCCGGCAGGCUUUGGAACCAAGGUUUUCGUGAAAAGGAAGAGAUAUGGUGCUGAGGCUCGUGAUCUUGAUCCUAAGUGGAGCAGCGCGGUCUACUUGGGGCCAGCGAGGGAUGUUCCUGCGGGUCAUGUUGUUCUGACGAACGACAAUCAUCUGUGGAACACCUGCAAUGUCCGACAGCUACCGGAUGUUCCCAUGGAGCCGGAUCCCUCAGCCUUGGCAGCUAGAAGGAGAAUCUCCGGAAAAAGGCCGCCGGUCGCGCCUAUACCUUUGAAGGCUUUGAGGAUUUCUUCUUUGUCAAAGGGGAAGCAAGAGGAACGCCACGAUCUCUUUGUUAAGUCCCUCCCGGUGUCUGAGAUUAAGUCGGUUGCGAAGGUUGAAUAUCUUCCCAAGGGCGAUUUGAUGAAGCCUUUGGCCCAGGUGUCCCAUGAGAGGCAGUGGAUUGCCUUGGAGGACUGCUUUGCAAUUCUUGAGGAUACCCCUUUCAAGAGGCCAACUAAGACUAGGAACACAGAGGCUUGGGAAGAUCCUGGGCCAGAUAUUUAUGCAACCUUUGGGGCCUACCAGCAUGGCAACUUCACUGGUGUGACCAAUGCCACGCGGGACUAUCCGGAGCUGGUGCAGUACCUGACGGCGUUCAUCAGGAGACACUCAGGAGAGAGCGAUCCUUUCCCAAGCGUGGUUGUGGCCAGAAAUUUGGAAACUGGGCUGCACCGUGAUCGCUACAACGUGAAUGGCAUGAGGAACAUAGUUGACGACUCUGUUGUGCCUACUGAGAAUCAGGUGGUGAAGUUGAAUCCGAGGCGACUCCAUAAGAGCCUCCCAUGGAAGGGCACGAAGUGGACCAUCAUUGCCUAUGUGAAUCGUGGAUUUGCUCGUCUACCAGAAGCAAAGGUGCAAGGGCUACGGGAUUGCGGCUUCCUUGUUCCUCGGUGUGAAGAAAUUACGUUGAGCCAGCUACGUCUUCAAGAGGAGCAUGUGGAGUUUGAUUAUUGCGAGACCUCUGAUGAGGAGGAGCAUUUUGUGCAAAGCGUGGCUGCAGAAUCGAGUCUUGUUAACUUGAGGAAGCUCCUUGACGAAAAGGAGAAGAUAGAGUUCAUUGGUCCUGGCAUCCCAGACCAGGAGCGUGAGUAUCAAGGCGAUGCAUCUCUGAAGCAUUGGAAGCAGCUGAGGCCAAUCGAUGUGACGAUGCAGGUGAUCUGGACAGCCUUAAAUGGUUCAAGUUGUGUCGGCUUGUUGAAAGUGGAGAACAACAUGGUCCGGGAGAAUGUUAUGGCUUGGAAAAAGGCGAUCUUGAAGGAAGUUCAGGCGUUGAUCAAUUGUGGGGCCUUGGUUAAGCUGGAUGCGGCCGAAGAAGACCGUCUUCAGCGCGAGGGCAAGCUAGUGAUCUUACCGGCCAAAGGCGUAUUUACUGUCAAGCCCCCCGACCUUCAAGCAGCUGCGGAGGCAAUCCAAUCAAAGCCGCAGGACCAACUAGAGUUCCCAGAUGGCGUCCAGUCAAAGCCUCAGGACCAGCUAGAGUUCCCAGACGGUGUCCAGUCAAAGCCUCAGGACCAGCUAGAGUUCCCAGACGGUGUCCAGUCAGCAAAGAGUUCUCAUGUGUCGGGUUCGAUUCCAGUUGAUGCCCUAUACAAGCGUAAAGCAAGACUGGUCAUUUGUGGCAAUUUCGAGAAGAAUAUCAGUGAGGAGUUGUAUGCCGGAGGUUGCCAAACGGUCGUUGUUCUAAAAGAGGGCAGCGAGGAGCCAGAUUUUGUGGCCGCCUACAUUGUGGUCUAUGUUGACGACAUCUUGUAUUUCGGGGAGCCAAGCACGAUUUCAGAUGUUCAUGCGUGGUUGAGUGCUGAGUGGACCUCCAGUCCUUUGACAUGGGCAUCAGAUGUGGAUGGUAUCAGGCGAAGGUCUAUUGGCUGGUCAUUGAUCACCUACAAUGGUAAUGCGGUGGCUUGGCGCUCCGGGCGCCAGAGCCUGAUAGCACUGAGUACGGCAGAGAGUGAAUUGAUAGAAGCGGUUGCAGCGGUUCAGCUUCAGGCAGGAAUUUCGUCACUGACGUCAGAGAUCAAUGCUUCAGAGAUUCAUCUUCUUCUACUUGUUGACAACAGCGCAGCUGUUGGCUUGUGCACCGAUGCACCAGGCACAUGGCGCACGAGACACUUGCGCGUCCGUGCGGGACUGGUUUUUCAAAAAAAGAAGGAUGGCUGGGACUGGCACGGAGACUUAGAUGGGGAGGAGGAGUGCUGCUGA